CAAAAACUAAAAGCGUGUACGCUAAGUCCGGUCCACACGCAACACACAAACACCACGACGGCGACGCCGUUAAUUCCUCCGCCUCCGCUUAUUCGCCGCCCUCUCUCUCCAAAAACCUAAACCCCAAUUCAUCACCAAACCACAUAGCACAAUCACACACGCGCACGCAUCUAUAUAUACAGAUAGAUAGAUAGAUAGAUAGAUAGGGAUAGAACGAGGUAUAUAUCGAUAUAGAUAUUUAUAUAGAGAGAGAGAGAGUAUGGGGAACAAGAUCGCACGGACGACGCAGGCGUCGGCGACUGAGUACUACCUGCACGACCUGCCGUCGUCGUACAACCUGGUGCUGAAGGAGGUGCUGGGGAGCUGGCGGUUCCUGAAAUCGAUACAGUGCAAGCACGACGAAGGCCUGGUCCUCGUCAAGGUCUAUUUUAAGCGGGGCGACUCCAUCGACCUCCGCGACUACGAGCGCCGCCUCGCCCAGAUACGCGACAUCUUCCGCCGCCUCGAUCACCCCCAUUGCUGGCCCUUUCAGUUUUGGCUCGAAACCGAUAAGGCUGCUUAUCUGUUGAGGCAAUACUUCUUGAACAAUCUUCAUGAUAGAUUGAGCACACGACCUUUUCUCAGUAUCGUUGAAAAGAAAUGGUUGGCUUUUCAGCUACUGUAUGCAGUUAAGCAGAGUCAUGAGCAUGGAGUUUGUCAUGGUGACAUUAAGUGCGAGAAUGUGCUUGUCACUUCAUGGAAUUGGCUUUACCUUGCUGACUUUGCAUCCUUCAAACCCACCUAUAUUCCCCACGAUGAUCCCUCCGAUUUCUCAUUUUUCUUUGACACUGGAGGAAGAAGACGGUGUUAUCUUGCUCCCGAGAGAUUUUAUGAGCACGGCGGUGAGAUGCAAGUUGCACAAGAUGCACCGCUAAAGCCAUCUAUGGAUGUCUUUGCUGUUGGGUGCGUGAUUGCAGAGCUUUUCCUUGAGGGUCAGCCACUCUUUGAACUCUCACAACUUCUUGCUUAUCGACGAGGUCAAUAUGAUCCUACGCAACAUCUUGAGAAGAUCCCAGAUUCAGGAAUCCGCAAGAUGAUUCUUCAUAUGAUUCAGUUGGACCCUGAGUUGCGUUUUUCUGCUGAAAACUACCUUCAGAGCUAUGUGAGCGUUGUGUUUCCAAGCUACUUCUCACCGUUUCUUCAUAAUUUCUAUUCCUACUUGAAUCCACUUGAUUCUGAUACAAGGGUUGUGAUGUGCCAGACAGUAUUCCAAGAGAUACAUAAACAAAUGAUGAGUAAUAGGUCAAAUAACGAGAAAGGUGUUGGAUUGGGCACACGAUCAACUACCAUGGGUGGCCAAUCAAUGCAACAGAUGGAUACAAACCAGAACUUUGAUUUUGUAAAUGAUUCAUUGAGCAAAAAAGAUUUACUAGAGAAGGAUUCAGUUGAAGAUCGACUUGAACUUCUUGGCGAUAUAAGUAAUCUACUCAGGGAUGUGAAAAAAAGUAAUCGGUAUUCUGGUGUGAAGCCAGUGCUGGAAGAUGUAGCCGCGUCUGCAUACUCUCAACAUCACAAAAAAUGUGGCAUGCAGUCUCCUGACGAGCUACUGCAAACUAUCUCGAACGUAUUUAAUAGAAAUCACCAUCCCUUCCUGAAAAAGAUUACAAUGAAUGAUUUAAAAACCUUAAUGUCUGAUUAUGACAAUCAGUCGGACACUUUUGGAAUGCCUUCCUUACCAUUACCUCAGGAUAGUGUAAGCUGUGAAGGAAUGGUUUUGAUUGCCUCUCUUCUGUGUUCUUGUAUACGCAAUGUCAAGUUGCCUCAUUUGAGGAGGUGGGCUGUACUGUUACUCAAGUUUUGCGCCCUAUAUAUUGAUGAUGAAGACCGACUGCAGCGAGUGCUUCCAUUUGUUGUUGCAAUGCUCUCUGAUCCAGCAGCAAUUGUGCGGUGUGCUGCCUUGGAGACUCUGUGUGACAUUCUGCCUUUAGUCCGAGAUUUCCCUCCUAGCGAUGCUAAAAUUUUUCCUGAGUAUAUUCUUCCAAUGCUUUCCAUGCUUCCUGAUGAUCCAGAGGAAAGUGUGAGGAUAUGUUAUGCCAACAAUAUAUCUAAGCUGGCGCUAACUGCUUACGCGUUUUUAAUUCAUUCAAUCAGCUUGAGUGAGGCCGGUGUUCUUAACGAAUCCAAUUCCUCCAACAAAUCUCUAUUUACUGAGGCAUCUGGACGGUUGAAAAAUCUGAACAGUGAUGCGCAGCUUGCACAGUUGAGGAAAUCCAUAGCUGAGGUUAUUCAGGAACUUGUAAUGGGCCCAAAGCAAACUCCAAAUAUCAGGAGAGCACUCCUGCAGGAUAUUGGCAAUUUAUGUUGGUUCUUUGGCCAGAGACAGAGUAAUGACAUUUUGUUGCCCAUCCUCCCUGCUUUUCUAAAUGAUCGAGACGAGCAGCUACGAGCUGUAUUUUAUGGGCAGAUUGUUUAUGUCUGCUUCUUUGUGGGCCAAAGAAGUGUGGAGGAAUAUCUUCUACCUUACAUUGAGCAGGCUCUAAGUGAUGCAUCAGAGGCUGCAAUUGUGAAUGCAUUGGAUUGCUUGGCCAUUCUGUGCAAGAGUGGUUACCUGCGGAAGAGGGUACUGCUUGAAAUGAUAGAGCGUGCUUUUCCGUUGUUGUGUUAUCCCAGCCAAUGGGUAAGAAGGUCAGCUGUCACCUUUAUUGCAGCUAGUAGCGAGAGUUUAGGUGCUGUAGAUUCUUAUGUUUUCCUGGUCCCAGUUAUACGUCCUUUCCUCCGCAGACAACCAGCAUCUCUAGCUUCGGAAAAGGCUCUUUUUGCCUGCCUAAAGCCUCCCGUCUCAAGACAGAGAUUUUAUGAAAUCUUAGAAAAUGCCAGGAGUUCAGACAUGUUAGAGAGGCAGAGAAAAAUAUGGUACAAUUCAUCAGCACAGCCCAAACUAUGGGAUACUGUAGACUCAUACAAGCGAGGAGCUGAAGAAUUGAGUCCAAUGAAGGGAUGGUCUGACAAGAGAUACGAUGUUCAGGGUCAUAGACCUGUUGUGAAUGGAAUUGAACUGCUGGAUCAGGCCGAAAGUGAUGAUGGUGAUGCUAAAAUGAGUUCUACGUCCAGCUUUCUGCCUAGUGCUUCUGGCACCGCUGCUGGUCAUGAUUCUCUAUCUGUGGAAAAAUUACAGUUCUCUAGCUUUAUGUCUCCUCAGGUUGGUGGUUUGAACAGCUUUAUUGGUGAAAAAUCAUCCGAAGGCAUACCUUUGUAUUACUUCAAGAAAGAUAGACGAGCAGUAGCAAUAGCUCCAGCAGCCUCUGAUUCCUCAUUGCAGUUAAAUACAUUUGGAUUUGGUUCAUCCUCCAUGCCUUGGAUUGACCCAGCAAAUAAAUCGUUAGGCUUGGCUAGUUCAGUUCCAGCACCUAAGCUUGUCUCAGGCUCAUUCAGCAUUAGCAACAGUUCUAAACAGUUUCACAGAGUGGUGCAUGAAGCAGAAGGCCGGGGAAGCGAUCAAACAGCAUAUGUUAACAGCAAGUUUCAAGAGUUGAAUAUAUCUAGUACAGUGAAAGGGAGUUCAAUUACCACGGAAGAUGCCCCGUCUCUGACUGAUGUGACUGGAUUGGCAUCUUUCACUCGAGGUGCGUUGGUUCCAGAUUCAGGGUGGAGGCCUCGUGGGGUAUUGGUUGCACACCUUCAGGAGCAUCGUUCCGCUGUAAAUGAAAUUGCUAUUUCAACGGAUCAAAGUUUCUUUGUGAGUGCUUCUGACGAUUCUACUGUUAAGGUGUGGGAUUCCAGAAAGUUGGAGAAAGACAUUUCAUUCAGGUCAAGGCUAACUUAUUCCCUGGAGGGAAGCAGAGCGCUAUGCAUCACAAUGCUGCAAGGCUCUGCUCAAGUCAUCGUCGGAGCUUGCGAUGGCAUGAUACAUAUGUUCUCUGUGGACUAUAUCUCCAGAGGUCUUGACAAUGUUGUCGAGAAAUAUAAAGGUGUUGCUGAUGUGAAAAGAAAGAGUGUUGGGGAAGGUGCCAUACUCAGCCUCUUAAACUAUUCAGCUGAUAGUGAUUCCAGGCAGAUGAUUAUGUAUAGCACCCAAAAUCGUGGGAUCCAUCUGUGGGAUACAAGAACAAAUUCAAACGCGUUGAAUUUGAAAGUAAGUCCUGAGGAAGGUUAUGUGUCUUCUCUGGUAGCAGGCCCUUGUGGGAAUUGGUUCGUUUCUGGGUCCUCAAGGGGAAUCCUUACUCUUUGGGAUCUGAGGUUCUAUCUACCUGUCAACUCAUUUCAGUAUUCUACUGUUUGUCCUAUCGAGCAAAUGAGUCUUUUUCUUCCGCCUUCGAACACGACUAUAUCCACUGCAGCAAGGCCGCUUGUUUAUGUUGCAGCAGGUUGUAAUGAAGUUUCUCUUUGGAAUGCAGAAAACGGCAGCUGCCACCAGGUAUUGAGGGUGGUAAGUAACGACAGUGAUGCUGAUUUGUCUGAUCUUCCUUCAGCCCUGACCAGAUCACCCAGUAAGGCAAAUAUGAAAUCUGACCUAAGACGAAACGUCAAUCCAAAGUACAGAGUUGAUGAACUGAAUGAACCUUCAACCCGACUUCCUGGUAUCCGUUCGUUGCUCCCCUUACCUGGAGGAGAUUUGUUAACUGGUGGUACAGACCUGAAGAUACGUCGCUGGGACCAUUGCAGCCCUGACAGGAGUUAUUGUGUUUGUGGGCCAUCUAUAAAGGGUGUUGGAAGUGAUGAUUUCUAUGAGUCAAAGUCUAGCUUUGGAGUACAAGUUGUGCAGGAAACAAAGAGACGACCUCUAGCUACAAAGUUGACUGCAAAGGCAGUUAUUUCAGCUGCUGCAACUGAUUCUGCAGGUUGUCAUCGUGACUCUAUUCUCUCUUUGGCUUCUGUCAAGGUGAACCAGCGACUUCUGAUAUCAAGCGGUAGAGAUGGGGCGAUCAAGGUUUGGAAGUAAAGGACCCUAGUUUUUCAGUGGGUUAUUGUACAUAGUAGCGAAAAUGCUAGUUAAAACUGUACAUUAUAUGCUAUGAAUUGAGUUAAGUUCCAUUUGGAUCAUCUCUCUUAUUGUGAAUCCUUCCCCAGUUUAUAAUACAACCCUUGCUUAACUUAAA